AUUCCCUAGUUCUUUGAGGAGCCUUCCUUUUCUUUUAUAAACCCUCGACAUAAUUUCUUUUCACCUGGCAAAGGAAAAAUGAUUCAAAAGCUUCUCGGCCUUCUCCUACUAUUGUUUCCCACCAUCCACAACAAAAUCUUAAAAUUCAGAAAAAUCCAUGUCAUACUAGAUCCUCCACGUGUCAAAAGCAUAGCCUGGAAUUGCAACCCAUGACUUUUGAGUUAUGCACCACCACUCCACUCUGAAUGGGUUUAGUUCGUAUAUGGCAAAAUACUGACAGUUUCCAGAAGGCAGAAGCAAUGGCAACCAUGACUGUUUCUUCACCAAAAUCCACCAUUUGGCAGAACCCAAUCUCUCACAGAGAACCCAGUUAUAGCUUUCUUGGUGGUUCCUUAAAGGGUCUUUGUUUGCAAUUGAAACCCAGAAACAAGAACAAAGAUGCCACCAAGUUGGUGGUUGCUUCAGCAAAACCGACCACCACACAAAGAAUCAGUAGCACUAGGUCAGGAGGAGACCGGUUUUACAUAAACUUCACUGGUUUUCCUUUUCCUCUGGGCCCUUUUCUCAAUAGGAGCACUACCAGGACUGAGGCCGUGAAAGGCUCCAUAUGGUUAUUUGAGCAAGAGCAAGCAUUAGGCUUCAGCAGUGUGUCAACAAACAUUAGAAUGACAGUAGUGAAACUUAAAUCUGGAGGAUUAUGGGUCCAUGCACCCAUUGCUCCAACCAAGGAGUGCAUUCAGCUUCUGAAAGAGUUAGGGGCACCUGUAGAAUACAUAGUGCUGCCUACAUUUGCUUACGAGCACAAAAUAUUUGUUGGUCCAUUUUCUAGAGAGUUCCCUCGAGCUCAGGUAUGGGUGGCACCAAGGCAGUGGAGUUGGCCUUUGAAUCUGCCACUGGAGUUUUUUGGGAUCUUUCGUGCUAAAACCUUACGAGAUGAAGAUUUGUCCACCCCAUGGGCUAAUGAGAUUGAGCAGAAAGUUCUAAGUUCUCCAGAAGUUGGUAUUGGACCCUAUGUGGAGGUAGCAUUCUAUCAUAAGCCUUCGAGAACUCUACUGGUAACAGAUGCAGUAAUUUUUGUGCCAAGACAGCCACCUGAUUGUAUUAGCAAAGAAUCAUUGCUGGCAUCUGCAAAAAAUGGUUUGGCAGUGAAACUUUUGAGUAAAGGAAAAAAAGUCUCUGAAGAACCAGUAAUAGACAACAAGAUGAACCGUCAAAAAGGAUGGGAAAGAAUGGUUCUGCAAAUUUUGUUUCUCGGUCCAUCAAACCUGUUGGAACCUAAGGCUAGCUUUGCACAGAUGUCACAAAAGCUGAUUGUUUCACCCAUUGUGAAGACUCUUGUCUUCAGCAAAGUUCCGGAAAAGGUCAGGGAUUGGAUCGAUAGAAUUUCACGGGACUGGAGGUUCAGGAGAAUAAUCCCUGCUCAUUUUGCCGCACCAGUUAAUGCAAGCAGGUCUGACUUCCUAGCUGCGUUUGCCUUUCUGGAUGAUCUUUUGGAUGAACGUUAUGUGACUCGGCCUUCACUCUCUCUUCUUUUCACAUCCCUAAUGGGAAAGGCGGCUAGUUACUUCCCUCCCGAUGACAUGAAGACUUUAUCUUCUCUUGAUCAGUUUUUGGUCUCAGUAGGAGCUGUGAAAAAGACCGUCUCAGGUCGGAAAAGAUGACACAAAAUGGAUAGGAAUUCCACCUGUUGAAUUACAUACUCGUGUAAAGUACAAAGGUUUUGUCCAACAAAGGUAAAAUUGUUCCGACCCACCAUGAUUUUGCAAUUUAACUUCCAGAAAAUGUACUAUAGUAGAAUAUGCAUGAUAAUAAUAAAAAUUGCAGUUGAUAUAGACCAUACCAUUCUAGGGUGCUUUGCUUGGAAAUGAAUUUCUUCUCUGUAAGCCUUGUCGUCUUGGUAGUUGGUGGUUGGAGAAACUAGGCAAAGCAUACAGGUAGUUGCUGGGUGUCCUAGCUUUUAUUAGUUUUAUCUACUGAAUACAUAAUCAUGUAAAGAAUGUCAAAAACAAAACACACCUUGUGUUAUGGAGGUUUGUGAUCACCAAUUACUUGUGAAAGUUCAAAGGAGUUUAUCAGAA